AUGGCUUCAAUCGAGUGCAGCUUACCUCCAUGUCAGUAUGUGCAUCCAAGGUUCAGCAAUAGUGAAGAGUACGAACUCCAUGUUUUAACAUUGCACAGUUUUAUAUGUAAAGAAUGUAAUAAAAGGUUUCCGUCAGAGAAGAUCCUAGAGAUACAUAUAGAUGAGAAUCACAAUCCAUUCUUUGUAAUUCAAAGAGAGAAGGGUCAUAAGAUAUACCAAUGCUUUGAUUGUGAAAAAAAAUGCAUGGAUCGUAAGAAGAGAAGACUACAUAUGAUUGACAAACAUGGAUACCCUAAAGAGUACAAUUUUCGAAUUAUUGAUUAUGGAAUUAAAAGUGUAUAA